GGGGUGGGGCGGAGAUCCAUGGAUGUCGCCUCUGCAAGAAAGACACGGAAAUGCUGUCGCAUUUUGUGGCCGAGCGCCGUGCCUGAGAGGCGCGAGGUUUGACUUAUAAAUAUAGCGAUCCGGGCCUGAUCGUUUCACUUUCUGUCAACUCUCUCGUUUGCUUCUUGACGACUCCCAGAACACGAUGGCGCCGUCAACCAACAGCCAUCCCUCUACUCGUGCAUUGCACGCCGAUGACCCUCUCCACCUGGUGACUGACGUCGCACCCCCAAUUCAUCUGUCGACAACCUUCAGAUUCCCCAGCAAUCCCGAAGAUUUGGUCCCGUCAGUGGACCCUGUUGACGAAUUUGACGGAAAGAACUACAUAUACUCCCGGGAAUUUGCCCCAAAUGCGACCCGAUUCGAAGCGAUCCUCUCCUCCCUCCUGGGUGGCCAAGCUGUGAGCUAUGCAACCGGCUUGGCUGCUCUACAUGCGGCCUUGACCCUGCUGAAUCCCCGCCGGAUAUCUAUAGGGCAAGGCUAUCACGGAAGCCACGAAGUGAUUAGCGUCAUCUCCCGACUAUCGGGAUUGCAAAAGCUCGAUCUCGACUGCCCUGCCGAAAGUCUGGGAGAAGGCGACGUUAUUCUGCUCGAAACGCCGGUGAACCCGUACGGAACUGCAUUCAGCAUCGAGGCAUACGCCCAGAAGGCUCAUUCGAGAGGGGCAUACCUAAUUGUGGACAGCACAUUCGGUCCUCCGGGCCUGCAGGAUCCGUUCUUGUGGGGCGCUGAUAUAGUGAUGCAUUCGGGCUCGAAGUAUUUCGGCGGUCACAGCGACAUGCUCUGCGGAGUUCUCGCGACCAAGCGCAAGGACUGGGUCAAGCAGCUGUUCGAGGACCGGCUGGCGAUUGGAAGCGUUAUCGGCAACCUGGAGAGCUGGCUGGGUGUUCGCAGCCUUCGCACCCUCGAAGUUCGGGUGCAAAGGGCCAGCCAGGGCUCGGGUAACUUGGUUGCCUGGCUACAGAGUGCACUGACUGCGCCGUCGCCUGCGCCGGGCAGCGACGAGGCAGUCAUCCAGACGGUGCUUCAGAAGAUCCACCAUGCCAGUCUCCAGGACGAGCCCUGGCUUCAGAAGCAGAUGCCCAACGGCUUUGGGCCGGUUUUCUCCGUCAUCCUACAGAAGGAGGAGUUCGCCCGCGUGUUGCCCAGUAAGCUGGCGUUCUUCCAGCACGCAACGAGUCUUGGCGGAGUCGAGUCCCUGAUCGAGUGGCGUGCGCUGUCGGACUCUCGAGUGGAUCGGAAACUGUUGCGAUUGAGCAUUGGGUUGGAGCACUGGGAGGAUUUGAAGAAUGAUCUGCUGCAGGCGUUCAGGGCGCUUGCAGGGCAGCAAUAAGUGCACAUACAUUGCAUAUGAAUAUAGAGAAUAACUGUAAG